GUAACUCUGCUUAUACACAAUGGUUUAACCACAGAGCAGACAAACAUCUUUCUUUUGUUAUCACUACAGAUUAAAGAGCAGUGACUAAGAGUCCAAACAGAGAGUUUAGAAAUAGUGUCGAAUCUGCGGCUCUUUUUGACAACCGCUUCCAAUCCAAAAUGGCGGACCUGUCGCGCUGUGUUGUGUAGCAGAGCGGCGGCUAUUAGCUUCAGAUGGUGCUAACAUCCUCUACGACUAAACAGCGCAAUAAACGCGGCGAGUGUUAGCCUGCGUUAAUGCAUGACACUAAAAAUACAACUGUUGUCACCUUGUUGACUAUUUACAGUUAACCUAGUAGUUCAUUGUGUGUUAGACGCGUUACUGUUACAGUCAGACGAGCUACAGCUAUUGAGCUAAGCUAAGCUAGCGUCUGCAGACGUUAUCCAGCCGGCUAGCAUCGGAGCUCAUGUCAACACUGACUAACUGACCAAACGGCUGCUCGUAACCAGGUCUAAAACAGUUCAAGGUGGUUAAAGACAUCUCCUCAGAUCAGUCAUGAAUAGACGAGACGGUGACGGAGGUUCUCGGAGGAACCAUGACACCGUUCAGGACCAUGAUGCGAGCCAGACUUCACCCGUCAUCGCUGCCUUUAAAGUUUUCCAGCAAGAACUUGACACCAAACAUGACAAAUAUGAGCGUCUGGUGAAGAUCAGUCGUGACGUCACCAUCGAAAGCAAAAGGACCAUUUUCCUUCUGCACAGAGUAACCAGCGUCCCCGAUGCUGAAGACAUCCUGAACGAAGCAGACGUGAAGCUGGACGGAGUCAGGCAGAAGAUCGGUCUCAUCGCUGAGGAGCUGAGAGGAGAAGACAUCCACCAGUUUCACAGAGCGUUCACUCCAGGGAUCCAGGAGUACGUGGAGGCCGUGUCCUUCCAACAUUACAUCCGCCACCACAGCCUAAUCAGCCUGGAGGAGAUCAAUGCCAGACUGGUGUUCAUGAGGACGGAGACGCACGAGCACAAGGGUUCGUGUGAAGCCCCGCCUCUCAGUGCCCAGGUGCUGACCUUCCAGGUGACGCCCUCAGACUACCUGCUGGGCGUGGCCGACCUCACCGGGGAGCUGAUGAGGAUGUGCAUCAGCAGCGUGGGCAACGGCGACAUCGACACGCCGUUCCGCCUCAGCCAGUUCCUGCGGCAGAUCCACGACGGCUUCUCGUACAUCGGGAACACGGGUCCGUACGAGGUCUCCAAGAAGCUGCACACGCUCCGUCAGAGUCUGGGCAAAGUGGAGGACGCCUGCUACACCCUGCGCGUCCGCGGCUCCGAGAUCCCCAAACACAUGUUGGCCGACGUCUUCUCCAGUCGGACGACGCUCAUCGACCCCGACGAGGGAGUGGUGUAGGUCCCGCCCACUCCAGGAUCACCCUGGGUUACGCCCUCUGUACUGACACUGGAACCGGGUCUCUGUGGGCGGAGCGCCGGGUCGGACGACAGCCAAUCAGGACCAUUGAAGAGAAAAAAAAUGGAGUAAAACAUCCAGAGUCAAGAUCAUAUGUGAAUAUUCUGUGAAGUUAAAGACGGACGUUUAUGAGAAUCUGCAGGAAAAAUGACUGAGACUGACCUGAGAUCAGUCUGAAAACCUCUGAUAUAAAUUCACUUCCAUGGUUCUGUUUUCUGAUGUUAGUCUCAUAGAAUAUUCAUGGUUUUUUCUAUAAAUUAUGACGUUAAUCUGAAUUUUUUGGUGAAAUAUUUCAGUGAAGCAGCUCUGAAUAUCUGAGAUUAAAGUCAUAAUUCUACUGGAAUAUAUGUUUACUGAGGUCAUUUAAUUUUACAAGAAAAAAGUCAAAACUGAGCUGAUAUUAGUGUCAUUCAGUCUUAAAUUUACUGUUAAAGAAAAAAGGAUUAUUCAU